AUGAAGACGCUUCUCCUUGUUGCCUCGACUUUGCUAGUGUCAUUUGCAGAGGCGACAUGUAUCUCCAGUCAGAGUCUUUCUGUCAAAGCUAACACAGGGAUCUUUACUGGCCUCCUCAACCCAACCUAUCCAUCAGUGCGCGAGUUUCGCAAUGUCCCUUUCGCUCAACCGCCGGUGGAAGAGCUUCGUUGGCUUCCACCUCAGAAGUUGCCAGCCUCGAGCAAGCGGUAUGAUGCCACUCAGUACCCACGGUCCUGCCCACAGUUUGUGAGCAGGGUGAAAUCAGUCUGGAGCGACCAGAUACCGGAAUGGCUCAUUUUCGAUGGUGGUGAAAGCACGAGUGCUGGCCUUUAUGCAUACGGUACAUCUGAAGAUUGCCUGAACCUGGCCAUCUGGACGCCUGCGAAUGCCACAACGGCCUCUAAGCUUCCAGUCAUCAUGUUCAUGACAGGAGGCGGCAUGGUUACCGGUGGCGUCAACAUACCCGUUCAAAUCCCAGCAGAGUGGGUAUCUCGCAGUCAAAGCCACAUUGUCGUGACUAUCAACUACCGAGUCAAUAUCAUGGGCUUUCCGAACGCUGCAGGGCUGAAGACUCAAAAUCUUGGGCUUCGUGACCAGCGUGCCGCCUUGGAAUGGGUUCAGGCAAAUAUUGCUGCAUUCGGAGGCGAUCCGACUGCUCUCACGCUAUGGGGACAGUCAGCUGGCUCUCGUAGCACCGAUUACUACAACUUUGCUUACUAUGACGAUCCCAUUGCUCGCGGCUUCUUCAUGCAAUCAGGUACAGCACUGUCGAGCCGAGCAGGCACUGAUUUCCGAGGGUCCAAUUUCACGUUCGUUGCCAGGAAUUUGGGUUGUGACUUACCGAACAAUAAGACUGCCGAAUUGCAAUGUAUGAGGCAAGUGCCGGUCAGCGAUAUCGAGAACUUUGUUGGACAGUACCAGGACAACUCAACCACGACCAAUCCUCACCAGGUACCAAUCGCUUUCACACCGAUUGCGGAUGAGGAUGUCGUGUUCAGCAAUUACACGGCUCGUUACCUCGCGGGGCAAGUAGCCAAAGUGCCAGCAAUUCUCUCCAACACGGCCAAUGAGUACUCGUCUCUGGCGCCAUAUCCGCUCAACAAUCUCACGGAAGGGCCGAAUCCUCAAGCAGUGAUGGCAGGGACGCUCAACACCGUCUGCGGCAUCUCUAACUCCAGCUUGUACCGGAAUGACUUGAACAUUUCCACCUACCGAUAUGUCUACGGCGGGAACUUCUCCAACAUUAAUCCGCUGUGGUGGAUGGGGGCAUAUCAUGCGGCAGACCUCGCGAUGAUGUUCGGAACGUACGGCAUCAGGGCUGGAGAGCCGUCGCAGCUCGAGAUCGCGACCAGCGCUGCCAUGCAGGAUCACGUCCUUGCGUUUGUCAAGGACCCAACCAAUGGACCAGCAAGCGUGGGUUGGAUGCCGUACGACUACCGGGACGAUGGCGGGCAGAUGGUCCUGUUCGGCGCAGAUGGCAAGGCUGUCCAGCAGGUCAAUGGGACGACCGUUGAAGGAGUGUGUUACAGUGAAGGCGCAUACGAUAGUACGCCAUGA